GGAGGAGCAGGAAGAGGAGCAGAAGGAGAAGCACAAGUUUCCAUCCUGCUGGUGACUGGGUGGGGGAGCUCACCCCAAAUGUAUCAGGGAGUCCUCCAGAGGGGUUCUUCUGGGGGAAGUGUUUGGAGUUGGCAGAUUCCAGAAUCAAGACUCAAAUAUCUUAGUGGUCCCUGAGAGGGUUUGGUUUUUUGUGGGUAUGUAUGGAUCUUGCAGGACCCCAAAGCUGAUCCUCCUUUUGGGAAUAUUAAGGGUCCCUCAUGGCAAUCACCAGGUUCUGGUAGGGGGAGGACAUCAGUCUUGGGGACCCUCCCAGAAGAGCAGUGGAGUGGAACCUCAAGACCCCAGGAGUGGGAGAAGACCAGGAUUUGUCAUUCCCAAGCUGUGGACAGAUGGAGAAGGAAAAGCCCCAGAGAUCCCUCACGAGGAGCGGCUGCAAACCCAGCCCAGGGAGCUGUGAGGAGGAAAGAGCCCCCCUGACCCAGGAAGGCAGCCAGAGAUCCAGUCAGAGCUCAGAGCUGGUGGAGAAGCCUCAGGCUGGAGAGAGGCCACACAAGUGCUUGGAAUGUGGGAAGGGUUUCAGGUACAGCUCCCAUCUGAGGCAGCACCAGGUGAUCCACAGUGGGGAAAAGCCCUACAAGUGUGGGGAAUGUGGAAAGGGCUUCAGCAAGAGCUGCAACCUCAUCAGCCACAGCAAGAUCCACACUGGGGAACGGCCCCACACCUGCCAGGAAUGUGGGAAGAGAUUCGUGCGGAGCUCCGGCCUGAAGGAACACCAGAUGCUGCACUCUGGGGAGAGGCCCUUCGAGUGUCCUCAGUGUGGGAAGAAGUUUCUGAGGCCAUCCCGCCUCCUCCUGCAUCAGCGCAUUCACAGGGAGGAGAGGCCCUUGUGCUGCCCCGACUGUGGGAAGGGCUUCAAGCGCAGCUCCACCCUCCUGAACCGGUGCCUCCGCACUGGGGAGAGGCCCUGGGAGUGCCCCAAGUGUGGGAAGAGCUUGGUGCGCUGCUCCAGCUCCCCUCCCCAUGGAGCAUCCACGUUGGAUGAUCCCCAGUGACCCCAUUUGGGCAGAGCCCUGGUGAUCCAGGAUCCUGAUGAUCCCCUGUUGGGUCGGGGGAAGGUGUUGGAGAGAUUUCUUUCCCUUCUCCUUGUGCUGCUCUGAUUUGGUUGGUAAUAAAUUCCCUCCGUGUGCCCUCGC